AUGUAUCCUAGUCGCCAGAAGUCUAAAAGUACCUACGGCACUGUGCCAGAUAGCACUGGUUACUCGGAGUCCUUAGAUUCUCAACAUCUGGGAGGCCUGACCAACAUUCCCACCAGCACUCCAUGCAACUCUCACAUGUCCGCUCUUCAACAAGCGGGCUUUAUGGACGCCCAACCAGACCCUCGAUCUUUCCUAUCCCCGGGACAUUAUCCCACUGGAAGAAGAGGGUCGACCGACACCGAUACAAUUGGCUCUCAAUACGCAUGGUCUACUGCGUCCAACGCAGACAUCCUCUCAAACUCUCCUCAUAUGCGCUCCUUUGAGGCCCCAAUCGGCCCGACCACAACGUCGUUCAUUCAAGGAUAUUAUCCCCCAGGAUCUCUACCACUCAAUAUGAGUGGCCCAGGCGUGUCGGGCUAUACUCCCCAGCAAAUCGACAAAUGGUGCAUUGAGAGCGAACCAACCCAGGACUUCUACCAUUCACAACCUUUCGCAAACAUGGGAUCUAUGCACUUCCCACCAUCAAUAGAAGUGCAACCAGAGCCCUACCAAACAUUCAACACUCAAGUCAACACUGCAAAUGAGCAGUGGCUCCCCUACCCACCGCAGUCCUCUAACCUCAUCCCGGAAACUUUCUUCUCAGUGCCCCAAUCAGUCCCAGCUCCAACACCCCAUCCCUACCAAUCAACAACUACAACCUCAAUCGCCUCAUCGCCGCCACAUUCCAUCUCCGAUCCAGAUUCUCCACCAGCCGCACCAGGCUCGGCCUCCGGCUCCGGCUCCAACUCCGGUGACCUAAAAAACUACGGCAUCCCAAUGGGCGACGGCACCUGGCGUUGCGCCCACCCGGGAUGUUCCUCGCAGGCUGUCUUCCACCGAGGCUGUGAUUUGAGGAAGCACUUCAACCGUCACCGUAAGUACCUCUUCUGUCGCCAUGAGGGAUGUCCCCAGUCUGUGAGGAAUGGGUUCAGCAGCAAGAAGGACCGUGCCCGGCAUGAGGCGAAGCACAAUCCUGGUGUCUUUUGUGAGUGGGAGGGCUGUGGGAAGGUGUUUAGUCGUGUCGACAAUAUGAAAGACCAUGUCAGGAGGAUUCACCGGAAAGGGGAGGCUGGAAAGGCUUAG